CGAAACUGAUAAAAUGAUGACUUAAACCCCCCCUAAUUUCACAUGGACUACAACAUAUUUUGAUUAGAGCAAAAUGGUGACGUCCAAAAAUGAUUUGCCGUGGACUGACCCUAAUUUUAGAUAUUUUGAUAUUUAUGAGUUUGGGAGAUUUGCGAACAAGCCCUAAUUCCACCAAUGCAGUGUUUGCAGAUUGUCCCUAAAGUGCAUAGGUCAAUUAUAGUAAAAAAUAAUCGUUAGUCAAGUGGAGGUACCUAGCUGAUUUCUGUAGAAGACUUCUGUCUCUUUUCACAGAGUAAAAGAGCGAUAAUGUCGGUUCCUAGGUUCGAUGGCGUUCACGAUGGACUUCACGGAAGAUCAUAUCACUUUUAAUACUGUUUUCGACAAUAUCUUGCGCAUUGCUCAAUACGUUGCGUACAGAAUCUUUUAGUUGGCUCUACGCUGUACAGUAGAUGGAAACUUCAGCAUCCGUCAACUGUAAUUUGUUUCUUUGUAUAUCAAAUUACCAAUAGCAAUCGUUUCCACCAACUGUACUUUGGGAAUGUACACGAAGAGACAGAAAUACUCAAUCGUCGUUACGACGGUCUUAACACCUUAGCGUUUCGUAACUUGUAAUUUUACAUUCCUUUUAAAGAAAACGUACCGAAGAAAUUACUCCAGUGUCCCUUACUUGGCGGAGAAAUUUGGUCCCCGAAAUUCCUAUCGAUAUAAAUGUAUAAAUAGAUUACCUACACGUACACGUUAUAUAUUUUUGCAUGUGAAUUUAUCCCAUAGAUAAUGUGAUAAGGUAAUCCGUAGGACGUUAUCCUCUGAAACUGCGUGUUCGACGACGAUUUCUGUACAUACAAAUGUGUCCCUACACGCAUGUCAACUUUAAGGAUCUAUACUGUGUUAAUAAUAAUUGUAUAUUAUGUGCAAUUCGUCUCACGUCUUAGUAGUAACCCGCUCUAGUUUAUUUAUUUCCCCGGCGUUUCUAUUUUCUUUUUAGCUGGUAAGAUACUUCAUUUUUUCGUUUAAUACAGAAGGAAAGAAUUCUUCAUUUUGUUCAUUGUAAAUAUCGUAAGUUUGUUAAUAUAAUUUGUAAAUCAGCGUUACGUUUUUUUAAGGUUCUACUUAUAGCAGCUUAGAGUUUAGAUAUUAGCUAUAUUAUUAUUACCUGAGUUAAUAAAGCAGGUCAGAAGUUAUUUAUUCCAUAUUUUCCACCAUUCUUGGCUAGAAUCAUAAAAUUUUAUGGACCAUGGCGAUUUUUCUUAAAUGUGUGAAGAAAUCGUUGAAGAUCCCUCAAACGGCGAAAUCCAGAAACUUUAAACAUUCACUAUCCUUGUUUACUUCCACAAGAAAGACAAGGACAGCAGCCACAACUUCCUAAUUUCGCCGCAUGAGGUCUUUCAUCCACGUGAUCAAUAAUAAUAAACAAAACCACACCUGAUCGAUAGGUUAGGUUUUUCCAAUUUUUUACAGGUUAAUCUCGUAUUGAGUAUAUUAUUUAAUUACUAACAUGUUAUGACAUGGUAAGAGGAUAUUCCAGAACAAUUUUUCAGUAUUUUUCCAAAACUAUUACCUCUUUGAAUUACCUAACCUAUACACAAGUGAAACCACGAUACAUUACAAUGUCAAAAAGCCUGAAAAUCGGUACACAUGAUGGUUGUUUUCAUUGUGAUGAAGCACUUGCUUGUUUCAUGUUAAAAACUUUACCACAAUACAAAGAUGCGGUUAUUGUAAGAUCACGUGAUAAGAGUAUUCUGGAUACCUGUGAUAUUGUUAUCGAUGUUGGUGGUGAAUACAAUCCUUCUAAGCAUCGUUAUGAUCAUCAUAUGAGAGACUUCAAAGAGUCGCUAAGUACAGUGGUAAAGAAACCAGGAUACAAUUCAGACAUAAAGUUGAGCAGUGCAGGCUUAAUUUACUGCCAUUUUGGUCAUGAAAUUAUUAAGCAUCUAAUUCCUCAACUAAGCAAUAAUGAUGUUGAAGCAGUUUUUAAACAAAUUUAUAAUACAUUCAUUAAGGAAAUUGAUGGUAUAGACAAUGGAAUUCCUAUGUUUAAGGAAGAACCAGUCUAUGGAAUUGUAACGGACUUAUCAUCUCGUGUACAAUUCUUAAAUGUUCCAUGGAAUGAUAAAACUAGAACUUCUGAUGAGCAGUUUCCAAAAGCAGUGGAAUUGACUGGUCAAGAAUUUUUGCAACAUUUAAAUUAUGCAGCACAUGUGUGGUUACCAGCUAAAAUAAUUGUACAGGAUGCUAUUGCAAAACGCUUUGAGGUUGAUCCUAGUGGAGAAAUCAUAGAAUUAUCACAGCCUGUACCAUGGUCUGAACAUCUCUUUGAAUUAGAAAAAGAGAUGAACGUAGAACCUCUAUUAAAGUAUAUGAUUUUUAAAGAAAGCAACUACAGGAUACGAUGCGUUCCAGUGAAACCUAAAAGUUUUGUUGCAAGGUUAUUUUUGCCAGAAGCUUGGGCAGGUUUGAGGAACGAAGCGCUGGAAACUGCUUGUGGAGUUCCAGGUGCAGAAUUUGUACAUACAAUACGAUUCACUGGUGGACACAACACCAGAGAAGGUGCAUUAAUGAUGGCCCGUAAGGCUCUCGAACUAGGAAAGACUAUAUGAUAAUAAACCUAGCAAUUUUAUCUCUUAGACCAAUUUUAUUUAUCGUGUCAAUAUGCAAUCAUGCCCUUUUAUUAUUUAAAACUGGUACUUAAAUUUUGAAAUGCUGUACAUAUUUUGCAAUAAAGUAUUACAUUUUUA